AUGGACGGAUCAGUACCUAUCAACAGAGGGAGGGGUACGAAUCUCACUUCGUCACCUCCCAAACAGCCACCGCAGCCCCAACCGCCACCAACCAUCCCCGACAAGGAAAAGGAGGAGGAGAAGGAGAAGGAAAAGGAAGAAGACAAACCACCCGACAUGAACAAAUCCAACCCCCGUUUGCUAGUCAACCGAGAGAGUAUCUACGAACGGCAGCUUCCAGGUGAUGCAUACAUCACAGUGUAUGUCCAGCGACUACAACAUGGCUAUUAUUCUAGCUCAGCAGUUUCCGACCCCGAGGCCGAACAUGUCGAUUUCUUAGCUCUUAGUUUUGUAUUUCAUUCACCUCACACUCUGUCCCACCGAUUCAAAUCCGCCACAAUUCGUGCCUCCAUCCAAGGACCAGAUCAACUAGCGACAGAUGGUACUUCAAGUCCCAAACGCCGCCCUAAAAACCCACGGAUCUUGAUGCAUGCACCUCACUUGAUCUACGGCACCGUUUCACCCGAGACGAUGGAGUGGACUUUCAGUCUCGCCGGCUCCAUCGGUAUCUCCGAGGCUCCACUAAGCGCUAACCUGAUCCCUUCCGGUAGUGUGAAUAGUCGCUACCGUCGCUACGAAAUGAUGCGUAUUCAAGGCUCAGCGCGCACUCUGAAAAGCCCCCGAGGUCCUCAGUUCGAUAUCGAAGCCGGCGAAGUCGUUUGGUCUCUUGAAGAGAAUAAUCUUCAGCGAUCUGGUCUGCCGCGCGAGUUUACUUUCGUCAUGUUGAUUCAGAAGCCGUCUUUCAAGUCUCGCGUCAAGCUGUCUCUCGAUAUUGACCCCGUCAUACAAUCCUGGUGGGGUAACUAUCCCAACUGGUCGCUGAGCUUGCCUUCCUACCGGCCAGCGAAACGUCGCGAUGUUGAUUUCGACAAGGAGGUUGGACAGCGGUUUGAGCCGCUGGAUACGGAGCGUGGUUUCAAUUUUGCUGCUCUUGUAAGCAGUUUUGACGAUUACAUUGCUUUGCCAGGAAGGAAAUACAGUCGGAAGAUGGAAAUACCGAAAGAAACCGACCUCCCCGAACGUCAAGGAUAUCCACAACCUUAUCCCGGCCAGUAUGGCUCGCUCAACCCGAUGCAGGGAAUGCAGGGAACCCAAAACCAAAACCAAACAAUGCAAGGCAUGCAGGGUAUCUUGAACGUGCAACAAAAAUACCAAUUACAAAGCAACCCGACACAGCAACCACCCUUCGCACCUUUCUCAGCCGCACCCCCAUCCCUAACAACGACAAACAUGGCCAAUAUUACCGGCGUCGAAGCACAAUCCAACAAUCUCAACGUAUCCCUAGGCCCAAGUCACGGCGUAGCAAUCAUGAAUCUAUCCGCACUGCGCUCGGCAAUGGUCUCGCCGCAAUGCUCCGAACAGUUCACUGGUCCGGGUCCUCCCCUUCCGGAGAACGGGCGUUCCUCGAACGACGACUCGGACUCGAACUCGCGCGAGACGUCCCGCGUCAUGAAUAUGGUUAAUCGACCGCUUACGCCGUCGUUGCUGUUGCUUUGGGAAGAGAGGUUGAAGGAGAGUGGGUGA